CGGACUCGAGCUAGUACCGCUGUCGAGAGCGAAGCGACUAAACGCGUGUUGAUAGAGGGUUUUGGUCGCCCGGCCACUGUAAACAAUACAACUACCUACGUCUACGCUACACCUACUUACGAACCGGUUACAACUCCGUGAUUUCCAGUGAAGUGAUACACGACUUGUGAUGUGGUCGACGACUUGUUUACCGUAGAUUUUAGAAAUGAGAUCUGUUAAUUGGUGCAAGUGAUUAUGAUAAUGAUUAGUGAGUUAACAGUGAUGUAAAAAUGUGUCUGGAUUGUUCGCGGUGAGCAUUUAUAGUGGAGUGCCCUCGAGCAUGGAGUUGAAAAAAAGAAUUCUAUUUUAAAACAAAAUGGCCGUCCUUCGUGCGGUCCUUGUUCUCCUAGCGUCGGCCGCACAAGCGUGGAUGCCAGAUUCAAAUGCCCGGAUCCAUGUUAAAUACGGGGAUGAAAUAUCAGAACAGUUCGUGGGAAAUACAUCGGGACCAAAUCACUUCCGAAUCUUAGAUAGAGACGACUUCUCAAUUUUAGUUGGUGGAAGAGGCACCGUCUACAAUAUAAGCUUGUACGAUUUAUCAGAAAAUAAAGAACAGCGCAUAGAAUGGCAGUCAACAGAUGCGCACAGGGAAUUAUGCCAGUUGAAGGGAAAAUCAGCUGACGAAUGCCAGAACUAUUUGCGUGUUGCUGCUAGAUCUCAUGGGAGACUCCUAGUGUGUGGUACCAAUGCUUUCAAGCCGAUGUGCAGGCGAUAUGCUCGUCACCCACCAAAUCAUCACCUCGAGGAGUUUGACGGGACAGGCAGAUGUCCAUACAAUCCCCUGCAUAAUUCAACAGCUAUCUUCACAGAUGGACACUUGUAUACGGCAACUGCGGCUGAUUUCUCAGGAACUGAUCCGUUAAUAUACCGAGAACCAGUACGAACAGAACAUUCCGAUUUGAGAUUACUUAACGACCCGUCCUUUGUUGGUGCUGUGGCAUCCACCAGUCAUGUGUACUUCUUUUACAGAGAAACUGCUGUAGAGUUCAUGAACUGUGGCAAAGCUGUGUAUUCGAGAGUAGCGAGGGUUUGUUUAAAUGAUAAAGGUGGACCGCACACUUUCAGCGAUAGAUGGACCUCUUUCUUAAAAGCUCGACUAAAUUGUUCCGUCCCAGGGGAUUAUCCUUUCUACUUUGACGAAAUCCAAUCCACUACAGAGAUCAUUAACGGAAUAUACGGCAGCGGUGGAAGCCGAAAUGAUAUUGUUUACGCGGUUUUUACAACACCACAGAAUGCUAUUGGAGGUUCAGCUGUGUGUGCGUUUGCUAUGCGAGAUAUUUUGGACGCAUUUGAAGGUUCCUUUAAAGGCCAAGAAGGCAUGAAUUCAAACUGGUUGCCACUAGAUAAAGAUAAAGUUCCUCAGUUUCAACCAGGUACAUGCGUUGAAGAUAGCCGGACGCUGAGUGAUUCUGCCGUUAAUUUCAUUAAAACACACUCGCUAAUGGAUAAAGCAGUUCCAUCAUUCCUAGCCCGACCUAUUUUAAUAAGAGUCAGUCUACAGUAUAGGUUCUCUGCAAUAGCCAUUCACCCACAAGUUCAAUCUAUGAACGGCAAUAAAUACGAUGUUAUGUACAUUGGAACUGAUGACGGUAGAGUUAUAAAAGCUGUUAAUGUUGCUUCUAAUGAAGGUGAUUUCGACGCAAGUGUAGACGAAUAUAGUAGAAAUCCAGUUAGAACAGCAGUAAUAUCUGAAGAGCAAGUACUACCUCCUGGUAUGCCAAUAAAACAAAUGCAUGUAGCAUUAACAACAGAGAAAUUAAUAGUUUCUUCUGGAGACAUAAUAAGAGCAAUCACUUUAUCACACUGUGCCAAUGUACUAUCCUGCAGAGAAUGUGUUUCUUUACAAGAUCCGCACUGUGCAUGGGACUCUAAACAACAGCAAUGUGCUUGGGUGGGAAACAGACAAUUCCCUAAUCCAGAAAGGUUUCUUCAAAAUGUAGAGUAUGGGAAAACUGACAUUUGUAAUAAGAUCCCGGCUCUGUUGCCCAGCGAGAGACAUAGCAACAGAAAUCCAGCCACAAAAAAACCAACACAAUCGGAGCCAAAUGUACGCCAAAAACCAAACGAUAUACAAAAUGAAAUUCUCAUAGAAGUUGUAGAAACAAAUGUAUUGUCGGCCGACGAUAAGACAAUUAAUACUAAACAUGAAACAGAUUUAUUGACAGUUGAAGCUGCCGACGGCAAUAUAUACAGCGCCCAGGCACUUCUAACCGCAGUUGUUGCGUCGUGUUUAAUAACUUUAAUGGUCGGCUUUGUGAUUGGCUAUUUAUUUUCACGGCGAUUUCGCCACCCCUUUUUUACCGACACCUCGCCCUUUAACGAACAACACAACCACUUAAACAGGUUAAGUCCUCUAGAGACUCCGCUGAAUGUGAACUCCGGAUAUAUGGCACCAAGAGCAAAAAACGUCAAUAUGGUCGCAAACGUUUGUCCUCUGGCUAAGCAAGAUAACUUGCACAUCGAACUCGGUAAAGAAAGAUCACUCGAUCUAAGAAACUCCACAGAAUCACUAGACAAAGACAUUAAGUGUGGCACUCUCCAAAAAGUUAAAAAGACUUACAUUUGAGACAUAUCCCGGAAGACUUUGUACGGGUCUAUUUCAAAGUGAUAGUGUUGCGAUGUGAAAUGUGCCAAGGACUGGUGCAAAUGAUUGAACGUUUUGUUAACGAGUGAUAAGGGUAACGGCAUUUAUGGUGACUCAUGUAAAUAUUUAUUGUAAUGUACAUACAAUUUUAAAUAUUUUUUUUAUUUUAAAGAAAUACAACGGACAAAAUGUUUAUGUUUUUGACCACUGUAUCCGUAGCUCAUGAGAUCAGUUCUAGUUGAUGUAAUCAAAUUAUUCCUACUAAUAAUUGUUGUAAAACAAAUUGGAAGGCAAAUGGUAGAUACCUUAUAGACAUAAUAUAGGCCAUUUUAUAAUGGAAGCCUCAUUUCAUUGUAUAUACGAUUAUUACUUUACAACCACUUCUGAAAUACCCUUUAAAGAUCUCUUGAACAUAGUUUUGUCCAUAUUGGCUGGGGUCGUAGCUACAACUUUUUUUAUGAUACAUUUUUUUAAUAUUAAGAUCAGAUGAGAUUAAAUUGUACCCAUUAAAUACAAUAGUGUACCGUAUGUAUAUAUAUUGCUAGAUAUGUAACAUGUUGCGAAACAAUAUAGGCAUUUUAGUUACGAUAAGUACCCAACGAUUGAUAUAUUAUGACAAUUUAUUCAGUAUUUAAAAUUGACAUAACUACACAAUAUUGGGUAUGUUCCGAUAUGCACUGCGAGCACUACACAGUGCUAUCACUGUAGAAAAAUUCGUUCCGUUAUGCACUGUCAGUAUACUUCCGCAGGGAAAUAUAUGACGUCUUAAUCACCGUCAUAUUCUACUGUGAGCACUGGCGUUUUCGAGGUAAGGUACUCGCAGUAUUUGAUCACGUGAUCAGUCAAAACCACACGUGUGCCUAUCGUUUUAUAAACAAUACCUACAGUUUAAUCCCAAAUAUUUUUAAUUUGACAGUACUCCAACAGCGGUUUUUUUUAACUAGAAAACUUUAAUGCUCUCAUUUGAAUGCUGCGUGAAAAAAUGCGGGAUUGCGUUCCGUUUUAAAUAGUAACCAAUAUAACUGGCUAUAAAGGAACGGCUUCACUGUAUACUAAAUUGACGUCACACUGUACAGUGGUCGCAGUGCAUAUCGGAACGUACCCAUGGUUAUUGAUUUCAGUAUUAAUUGUUUAAAUUUGGUUACUCACAUUCCGAUAGAUUUGUAAGAAUAGCUCAUAUUGCGGUGCAGCUCAUUUGUAAAUAUCGAUGUGUAUAUAAUGCUAUAGUAGCGGAUAGAUAAUAGUUUUGAUGAAUAUAACUAGGCAAGAGAAAUUAUUUUAAAAAUAGUGAAAUACAAGAUAGGAUAUUGGAACACUUUAGUAAGAGCUGUAAGCCCGCUUUCAUUAUUUCUUUAAUAUGUACCCAAGUUGAAUAUUAAAUAAGUUAUGAAAGUGUUAACUUUUAAGAAAAUUACGAUUAUUAUUAUUGUUAUAUAAAGCUGUGCUAAAUUGCAUAGUGCCUUGUAGGUUGCCAACAUAGUGCCUAACGUACUUUAGGGUAGAGUGCAGAGGAAUAUCUAUGUUUAAACUUUAAUCUCGUGUUAAAUACGUUUUAAAUUUUGUAAAGCUUAAAAGCUGCAUCGUAUUCAAUACAUUAAAGCUCUCAUUAUCCUCAUGACUGUGGAACGUAAUUCAUAUUUUAAUACUAUCUUAUCUCACCCAUCAAGUUUCAGUGUAAAUUUUAUUCGUAAAUAAUCAUAGGUUAUCACAUUACUAUGCAUACCUGUAUGUUUAAACUUUAUUAAACCAAGUUAAGCGUUCUAUAUUCAUUAAAAAAAUUGUGUUUUGUUUAGUCUGCAAAUGUUACUAAAACUGUCAGAAAAUUACCCACAAGAUUGAGAUGGGCAUAAAACAAAACAAGAAUUUGUUACACACUGAUUAUUGACAUAAAGAGUAGGUACUCUUACCCAGAUGAUUGUGACUCGGCUAAACCUACUACUGUCACCACCUAAAAUUAAAAAUAUUAUACAUACUAUAAAAUUUCCCACCGUAAACAAAAGUUUAGUUAAUUAGAACUUUAGCAGUUCUGAGAAUAUUUUUAAAUGUUAUUUUAUAUACUACCUACAUGUUUGCAUUCAAGUAGAAUUAUUAUUAAUUGAAGCAUACAUUUAAGUAUGAUUUUUGUCCCAGGAGUUUGAGAUACCAAUGGUCAUUUUACCUAAUCUUAUAAUAUUAUGAAGUCAACGGAUUCAUUUUCUGACUCAUCUAUUUGAUACUCGCCAUUGUUGAAACAGCCACAUCAUAAACUAUAACUUUUAUGGCUAUGUUUAACAGAAAUUACAAUUUAAUUUAGUAUUUUAGGUACGUACCUAGGAUACCUACGUAGGUACCUUUAUUUAAAUUAAAAUAAUAAACAAUCAUGUGUUAUGAUUGAUAUGUUAAAACAACUUAAUUUUUAUUCAUACCUAAGUACUGCAAACUUUUAUUUUUAUUAGAAAAAUGAUCUUAUUACUGAAAUAUUAUGAAUUAUUUAUAACAUUUGUAUGUGUAUAAAAUAAAUUGAUUAUGUAAAAUA